AUGCUAUUUGACUUUUUGCUAGGUAUCAGUGCCAAAGUACCAAGAAAAAUAUUUUUAAAUGUUUACUUCCAACUUUUAGAAGUUCACUGCCUAGCAAUCAACUUGUAUGUUAUUACAUUAAUUGUGCAAUGUAAUCACUUUAUUUGGAAAAUUUUAGGUCAUAGCUGAGCCAUCAUGGGAUCAAUGCAAAGGUACAACACAUCCUCUACGGAUUUCACCUUCAUGGGGCUGUUCAACAGAAAGGACAUUUCAGGCCUUCUUUGUGCCAUCAUCUCUGUCAUCUUUUUCACAGCGGUGAUGGCCAAUGGGGUCAUGAUCUUCCUGAUCCGCACUGACUCAUGCCUCCACACCCCCAUGUACUUCCUGCUCAGCCACCUCUCCUUCAUCGACAUGAUGUACAUCUCUACCAUUGUGCCCAAGAUGCUGGUUGAUUACCUGCUGGGUCAAAGGACCAUCUCCUUUGUGGGAUGCACAGCUCAGCAUUUCCUUUACCUCACCCUUGUGGGAGCUGAGUUCUUCCUGCUGGGCCUCAUGGCCUAUGACCGCUAUGUGGCCAUCUGCAAUCCCCUCCGCUAUCCUGUUCUCAUGAGCCGAAAGGUCUGUUGGAUGAUCAUAGCAAGUUCCUGGUUUGGGGGCUCUUUGGAUGGCUUUCUGCUAACCCCCAUCACCAUGAGCUUCCCCUUUUGCAAUUCCCGUGAGAUUAACCAUUUCUUCUGUGAGGCGCCUGCGGUCCUGAAGUUGGCAUGUGCAGACACAGCUCUCUAUGAGACAGUGAUGUACAUGUGCUGUGUUUUGAUGCUGCUGAUUCCUUUCUCUGUGGUGAUUGCCUCCUAUGCCCAAAUCCUGACCACAGUUCACCGCAUGACCUCAGUGGAGGGGAGGAAGAAAGCAUUUGCCACCUGCUCAUCUCACAUGAUAGUGGUGACCUUGUUCUACGGGGCUGCCAUGUACACCUACAUGCUGCCACAUUCUUACCACAGGCCAGCUCAGGACAAAGUCUUCUCUGUGUUCUACACCAUCCUCACACCCAUGCUGAACCCGCUCAUCUACAGUCUGAGGAACAAGGAUGUGACCGGAGCUCUGAAGAGGGCACUGGGCAGAAUCAAGAGUACACAAAUAGUGUCAAGAGGUGACUUUUGA